CCCCCGACUGCCGCUUCUCGGAGCGUCGGACGGACUGGUGCCCAGCUGCUGCGGAGCGCGAAGCGGCGUGGACCGUAGGAUCGCUUGUGAGAGGUGACGUGGGUGCCUCCCCGCCGUUCCCUUUUCCCCAUCCGCCUCCCGGCCCUCUGCGGCUCCGCCAUUUCUUUCCGCCCUCCUCUCUUCCUUCUCCGUUCCUCGGAAGCGGUUGUCGGCUCCGGCGACUUCCGCCACCGAUAGCGGACGUCUUUUUGCCUGCCGAUCGGGCUAGGGUUUCGGCAGGGGGUGGUUCUUGGUUCGGUUUUCGAGCUGGAGGAAGGAAGAACAAGCCUAGGGUUCUUUUGCGGCGAUUUGUGGUGUGAUCUAAUGGACGCGGCAGCCAAACCGGAGAAGGCUAUUAAGGAGGCUAUGAAAAAUCUGAAGAUUGACCCACCACCAAAAGCCAGCAAUGUCAAGAUGUCCGGUCUUAAAGAUGCAAGCCCCUGUGAUUCAACAUCUUGCAUCUCCUCAGGGGAUGCAACGAGCAGUAUCAAAGAAAGUGAGGUGGACCAGGAGGCUCUGGUGGGUGAUCAGUACAUGUAUUACUAUGGAUACUACUAUCCAGGCACAGGUUUUAAUGGAUCAUUUGGAGAAUGGGAAGACCAAAGUUACUUUUUGGGAUCUGAUGGCUUAGAAACCCAGCCUCCUGCCAUUCAAGCAGAUAAUGGAUCCUUUCUAUACUAUUUGCCAGGCGUUCAACCUGGAUAUACUUCUUACAGUACAUUCUUACCUGGAGCUGUUGUUGGUGUUGAUGGACAGUGCUUGGGUCAACAGCCAUAUUACCCAACUCCAAUAAUCCCUCAACCACUUGCGUCUCCAGGACCUUUCCCUCAACCUGUUGCAUAUGGACCUGAGCUGGUUCCUGCAUACCCAUGGGAUCCAUCUCUUCUUUUUCCAGGUGUGAUCCAAGCAAACACAAUUAAUGGAGAUCAAUCAAAUCCAUGUAGCAAGCCUAAUUUCUCUUCUCAGAGCCACACAUUUGCUCAUUCAAAAGCUUCACCAACCUCAACAUCUGCCUCAGAAACAAAAGGAUCCUCACCAGCAUCAGAUGUGUCACUAACUCCUGCAGUAGGGGGUCAACCUCUGAAGCCCGUGAAUAAGGUAGCUGCCGCUGUUCUAUCCAAAGGUUAUCUUCCCAUAAACAAGUUUGCCCCGUACACCAACCAAGGGAAAGGUGGCCUGCUGUAUCCAAGCAGCUCCAUUAAUUUAAAAGAAAAUGGAACAAGUUUGGUUGGCAAUGAGAAGCUGAAACCAAGAAACAAGCUGAAUGGCCUUGGCGAUUUUGAUUUGCUAAAUGAACAGAACCGUGGUCCAAGAACAAAUAGCUCCAAAAGUUCUUGGAACUCCCAGGUUGAACCUGUUGGAUCUCUCAUUGCUGAGAAGAAUCACAAUAGUACCGUCUCGAUUUCUGCUAUUAUAAAUAAAGAUGACUUUAACCAUCCUGAUUUUCCUACAAAGUAUGAUCAUGCUUUGUUCUAUGUGAUAAAAUCAUACAGUGAAGAUGACAUUCACAAGAGUAUUAAGUACAAUGUGUGGGCAAGCACUCCAAAUGGAAAUCAAAGGCUUCACAAUGCUUUUCAAGUUGCACAGGAAAAGAUGGCAGAAAAGGGUAGCAAGUGUCCUGUGUUCCUUUUCUUUUCUGUUAACGCAAGUGGUCAGUUUUGUGGUGUAGCUGAAAUGAUUGGUCCAGUAGAUUUUAGCAAGAACAUGGAUUUUUGGCAACAAGACAAGUGGAAUGGGUUUUUCCCAGUAAAGUGGCACAUAAUAAAGGAUGUUCCGAAUCCACAGUUUCGUCAUAUAAUAUUAGAGAACAAUGACAACAAGCCUGUUACAAAUAGCAGAGAUACACAAGAGGUGAAAUUUCCCCAAGGUACUGAGAUGUUGAACAUUUUUAAGAGCUAUGCCUCAAAGACUUCCAUACUGGAUGACUUUGGCUUUUAUGAGAAUCGGCAGAAAGUAAUGCAGGAGAAACGGAACAAGCAACCUACUCCAAAUUUGGUUCGUUCAAUGCCAAAAGCUGAUGAAUUGGGCAAAUUUGCAAAGCAAGGGGAUCCAAAGUUCAAAAUUUCGAGUCCUCAGUCGAUAGAGAUGGCUGCCGGUAAGACCAAGGAAGAGCAAAAGUUGGUGGUUGCAGUGAAGUAACAGUGGGAGGAUGCCUGUCUAAAUUGGGCAAGAAGGCGACAAGCCAUGCAAAAAUAAAGAAAUUCUGGUUCAUUGGCUAGGUAAGGCAGAUUGGAAUCCUAGAAUAGUCAAUAUGUUGGGCAUCUGGCAUCAAAAAAAUAAAAAAGCAGUGCCUCUGAAAAUAACUGAUUAUUCCCCAUGAGCAAGUUUACAAUGAUUGGGGAGUGAUUCAAUGGCUGUUCGUAGUAAGCACAGACCAGUGCUGGUGGCAUUGACAGGUCCGAUGCCAACGGAUUCUGUAGAAUUUUCUCUCAGGUUUUCUUCUCCUUGGAGGGAAUUGGUUGUUCUCAUUUCUUUCUUUCAUGUUUUCUGGGGCAUCUGUUUUGGUGGAAGGUUUUAGGUGGGUUGUAUGGUGGUUCAAGGUGCAGUCCCAUUUGUGGGGGUGGGUAGAUCGUUGGUAGGUGGUGGGUCUUGCAGGUUGCUAGACUGGAGCUUUCCAACUUGAAGCUCAUGAUUUGUGCUGAUACAGUGUUGUAAAAUUGAGGGGAAAAAAGGAAAAAAAGGGAAAGAAGGUAGAGAAAGAACUGCAAAAAGAUGAAAUCAAAAAUAUUUUCUCUUUUUUUAA